AUGGGAAAGCGGGCAGUGGAGAAUGCAGAAGAAAAGCUUUCUGCAGAUCUUCAACGCCUUUCAGUCGGUUAUCAGCAUCAUCAGGACCGGCAUGUACAAGCUCCCCAAGAAGCGGCCUUGAUGCGUUUGCAAUGGUAUGACCGUUUGCUUGAAGAGGCUCCGCAAUGUGAGGCCAGUUGCCUUAACUGGAAGGCUUGGGCAAAUUGUGGGGUUUGCCUCUACCAUUUGGGCGAGAAGAAAGCCAGCUGGGACGCCUAUGCACAAGCCGCGAAUGCUCUUGAAGGUUUUCGUGUUGAAUUGACCGAUGAUGCCUUUCUUCGUAAUCCGCAUGUGGGUAAGUACAUGCGGGUGCUGGACCGGGAGUUCCACGAAGGUUCCUGGCAUUGGGAAGAGGCAAAUGAUGUGGUGCUGUUUGCAUUGCUGGUUCAGCGUGGUCGUGCUGGCGAGGUUUGCACACAGCGUUGGCAUGAGCGCCUGCCCAACCACUACUUCGCAGUUAUGCACGUGCUUUGCAUGCAGCUGAGCAAGCCUGACCGUCCCCUGCAAGAAGUUUGUCCUGACGACUCCCGCCUGGAACUUUGCGUUGGAAAUUGCAUAGCACUCCUUGCAGCUCCCGAGCGUCUAUUUGCUUGUAGUGAUGGAAAGAGGGCACGUUUGCAUGAGCGUGUUGAAGAUUUGUGUGUGGAAUGUGAGACCGCUAACGUGGAGGAGUUGGAAUUUCGAGUGCGGGAAGUCCAUUCUGAGAAGUGCGAUGGUGCCUCAGGCUGA